UGCAAACCCCCCUCCCCGAAAGAGCAGCAGCAGCGAGGACACUCAAUGCGCCGCUUUCUCUACAGUUGUGCUGGCCUCUCCCUCCUCCCGAGAAGGAAGGCUCUGCGCUGCGUCUGCUGGAGCGGGAACUCGGGCUGUGUUGACUAAAGGCAAAACGAAAAAGAGACGUCUGAAGUUGGUGGGCGGCGUUUCAUUCAGCGGCUGGCUUUUGAACUCCUCCGCCAGACCCUUUGGAUUGCUCAGCACCCCGGACCGGAGAACGGGCAGAGCUGAUAAGAGUUAGGAUGGUGCUUUUCCGUUUGUCGCGCCUCGGGCAUAAACUUGGAGAACUUGCGGCAAAGGACUACGGUCUUUCUCAGCCUCGGCAGCAAGCCGCAUAGUGGCCAGAGAGGAAGGGAUGCAGCUGUUGGCUCCCUUCUGCCUCCCCUCUGCACUGUUUCGGUUCUCCAGUUUACAGGAGUUUCCCGAGUUAAAAGGAGACCGUCUCCUUCCCUGCUUGAAGUUAGCUACUGCCUCUAUCGUUAUAAUCCAACACUGACAACAGGAUUGCCCAAUCAACUGUCAGGCUGUUUCCCACCCCUUUGCCUUCUAAUCCAGUCACAGGUUGCGGAUUGCAGAGCCGGAAAAGAUGAGGUACAGUUGUGGGCCUACUGUAUAUGAUCAUGCACAUCUUGGGCAUGCUUGUUCUUACGUAAAAUUUGACAUAAUUCGAAGAGUAAUAACAAAGAUAUUUGGAAAGGAAGUAGUGAUGGUGAUGGGGAUUACAGAUAUAGAUGAUAAAAUAAUUAAAAGAGCACAUGAGAUGGAAAUCUCCCCGGAAACCCUUGCUCGUUGUUAUGAGGAGGACUUUAAACAAGAUAUGGCUGCCUUAAAGGUCCUUCCUCCCACAAUUUAUAUGAGAGUAACUGAAAAUGUUCCUCAGAUAAUUUCUUUUAUACAGCAACUUGUUACUAAUGGAUAUGGUUAUGCAACUUCACAAGGUAAUGUUUAUUUUGAUGUCCGUUCUAGGGGAGACAGAUAUGGAAAACUAACAAAUAUUUAUCCUGAGGCCCAGGAGGAAUUUGGCCUUAGUGAUAAGUGUCACAAGAAGGAUUUUGCUCUCUGGAAGGCAGCCAGACCUCACGAGAUAUGUUGGGAUUCCCCCUGGGGGAAAGGAAGACCUGGCUGGCACAUUGAAUGCUCUACAAUAUCAAGUCUAGUGUUUGGGGGACAUUUGGAUAUCCAUACUGGUGGUAUAGAUCUUGCAUUUCCUCAUCAUGAAAAUGAAAUUGCUCAAUGCGAGGCUUAUCAUCAGUGUGAACAAUGGGGAAAUUAUUUUCUACAUUCUGGACAUCUGCAUAUUAGAGGGAGUAAAAAAAUGUCAAAAUCACUAAAAAACUACAUUACAAUUAAGGAUUUUCUAAAAGAAUUUUCAUCUGAUCAGUUUAGAAUGUUUUGUUUGCGGACCAAAUACAGCUCAGGAGUGGAAUAUAGUAAUGAUACCAUGAAUGAUGCAAAGAAUAUUCUUCACAUAAUACAUUCUUUUAUAAGCACUGCCAAUGCCUACAUGAAAGGACAGUUUGACUGUGAUGCCAUUAGGGAAGAGGAACUUUGGGAGAAACUAGCUCUUACUAAGACAACGGUAGCAGCAGCAUGUGCAGAUGACUUCGACACUCCCAGGGCUAUUCGUGCAAUUUUGGACCUCAUUCACUAUGGCAACAGACAGCUUAAAACCGUCACUAAGGAAACAAGGUCCCCUAGAAGUGCUAUUGUGUUUGGAGCUAUAGUGUCCUAUGUGAUGGAAUUUUUUAACAUGGUUGGAGUCACCUUUGCUGAAAGUCAGGUUCUCCCUGAACACAAGCAUUCAGCUUUGCUCUCCAGUGUAAUAGAUGAACUAGUGAGCUUCCGGAUCAAAGUGCGCAACUUUGCUCUUGCUACCCCUGACACUGAAGAAAGUCCAUCUGCCCAAAUUGCUGACCUCUUAGAAGUAAAACAGCAACAGAAAGAGGAAAGACGGCAGCGGUUGCAGGAAAGAAUGCCCCUUCUGCUAGCGUGUGACCGCCUUCGUCAAGACUUGGCCAUAUACGGUAUCAACAUAAAGGAUAGAAGUUCUACAUCUACAUGGGAACUUGAAAAAAAUCAAUAAUGAACUGGAAAAGCAUUGCUAAGAAGGCAGAAGUACAUUUGGAGUGAUUAUAAUCAUUUUUUAAAGAAAAGCCAGACCACAGGAUAAAAACUAUUGUCCCUUGAAUUGCUGGACUUUUAUUCUAAAGAAACCUAAAUAAAAUAUUGUCAAAAAAGUC